GAGCAAGGCCUCUUAACUAAUCGACACUAUUAAAACAGAAAGGCAAACCCACGUGAAGGAAAUAUAUUUAAAGUGCGAAGAGGGUUGUUAACUUUUGUUUGUCAGGGCCCACCGGUGACCCUAUUAAUACUGGCAAAAACACUGAUUCUAAACAAGUAGCCAUGAACAACAAGAUACAGUCUGUACAGUGUGAGGUGUGUCGAAAAGAAGUUUCCAAAUACAAAUGUCCAAAGUGUGUUGCACGAUAUUGCUCUGUUGGAUGUUACAAGUCACAUAAAGAAAACAAUUGUAGUCCUCUAAAAAUAAUCAACAAUAACUUGCAGAAGGCAGCUGUACAAUUAGCUCACAGUGAGAACACUGAAGUGAAAAAUAAAGAAGAUGGAGAAAUAUCUGACAGUGAGGAAGAGUUUGCAGAUUCAGAAGACAAAGUGUCAUUAGAAAAACUUAAGAGUUUGGGAGAAUCGGAACAUAUGUUGGGACUGUUGGAAAACCCUCACCUGAGAACAAUAAUGAAGUCACUGCACACGUCAGCCAAUCCUAAACAAGAAAUGGACAUGGCUAUGAAGGAACCAAUUUUUGCAGAAUUUGCAGAUGAAUGUCUUACACUUGUGGAUCAAGAAAAAACCUGAUUCUUGAAACUUCAUAGGUUAUUAUUGAUGAAGUAUACUAAAACAGUUACCAAGAUGACCUCACAGAAUACAGAUAUCUACAGUAGUGAAAAUAUAUAUCUAUAUCAAAUAUGAUAAGACAUUAGGUUUUUGCCAUCUCCUUGCGGAAUGCCUUCAUGAUGUAGAUGUUUUGACUAUGGAGGGUCAUUGACCUAGCAUAUAUGACUGUGUAUUGUAUUCGAUAUUUAAAAAUGAUAUUGUGUACUUUCAUAAACUAUAUGUAUUAUGUUGUGUUCAUUAGAAGUCUGUGAAUAUCAUAUUUCCAAAUUCACAAGUUGUGAAAAGCAUUUGUUUUGCGAAAUAAAUAACUUGUGAACUAG